GGCGGUUGGCUGCGGUUGGAGCGCAGUGAUGAGCACCUUCUCGCGGCCCCUGAACGGAAUGCCACCUUCGGGCACGGACAGCCAGUCUCCGUACCAGCGGUUAAGUCAGAGGAUGCUGGACAUUUCCGGGGACCGGGGCGUGCUGAAGGACGUCAUCCGAGAGGGCGCUGGAGAGCUGGUGACACCCGACGCUUCGGUGCUCGUGAAAUAUUCUGGAUAUCUGGAGCACAUGGACAAGCCUUUUGAUUCUAAUUGCUUUAGGAAAACUCUUCGGCUCAUGAAACUUGGAGAGGAUAUCACACUUUGGGGCAUGGAACUGGGCCUUCUGAGCAUGCGGAAAGGAGAGCUGGCCAGGUUUCUGUUCACACCGACCUAUGCCUAUGGGACGCUGGGCUGUCCUCCCCUCAUCCCCCCAAACACCACCGUCUUGUUUGAGAUCGAGCUCCUUGACUUCCUGGACUCUGCUGAGUCAGACAAGUUUUGUGCCCUUUCAGCCGAGCAACAAGAUGAGUUUCCACUUCAGAAGGUCCUAAAAGUGGCAGCUACUGAACGGGAGUUCGGCAACUACCUUUUCCGCCAAAAUCGUUUCUAUGAUGCCAGAGUGAGAUACAAACGGGCCUUGGUGCUUCUCCGCCGGCGGUCAGCCUCCUCUGAGGAGCAGCACCUGGUGGAGACCGCCACGCUCCUUGUUCUCCUUAACCUGUCCUUUACAUACCUGAAGCUGGAGCGACCCACCACGGCCCUGCGCUAUGGAGAGCAAGCUCUGGUCAUUGACCAGAAGAAUGCCAAGGCCCUCUUCCGGUGUGGACAGGCCUGUCUCCUCAUGACUGAGUAUCAGAAGGCCCGGGAUUUUCUAGUCCGAGCCCAGAAGGAACAGCCCUUCAAUCAUGACAUCAACAACGAGCUGAAGAAACUGGCCAGCUACUACAGGGACUACACAGACAAAGAGAAAGAAAUGUGUCACCGAAUGUUUGCUCCUUGUGCUAAUGGCUCUGCAGUAGGAGAAAAUUAAAGAUCCUCCGCUAACUACAAGCAAGAGAAUCGAGGCUGCCAGGAGUUCUCCAUCGUUAUAGGGGUGUGGAGGGGGCUUUUUGGAAAGAACUCCCCAGGGCAGACUGUGUGGCGGCGACCUGCUUGGAAGAGGGGCUGGGAUUCCACAGCCUGAGGCUGCUGUCUCACCUCUGAGUGACACCAGAGUGUCUUCACAGGCGAUGUUUUCUGUUUUUAAGUUUUCAGACAGAGGAGGGGAAAGGGUAGCUACUGACGAGUAGAAAAAUGCGUUUUUUGAGAUAGUUUCUUGUUUUUUUCCACUUUUAAAAUAGCCUUGGCUUUUCUCCCAAUCCCAACCCCCUUCCCACUGCUAAUGUCCUGGGUAAAUACAAAGAGAGAUCUCUGUGUAUUUUAUAGGGUUCCCUGCUUUGAAGGGAGAGAAUUAUGUUACAGAUGUUUUUGUUGUAAGUAAGUAAAACACUUCCUUGUCCUUGCAA